AUGUCCAACGAAACCUUUCUUUUCACUUCGGAGUCAGUAGGUGAAGGCCACCCAGACAAAAUUGCGGAUCAAAUAUCUGAUGCCAUUUUGGAUGCUUGCCUCAAGGAGGAUCCUUUUUCUAAAGUUGCAUGUGAGACAGCCACAACGACGGGUUUAGUACUAGUAUUUGGAGAAAUUUCUACCUCCGCUCCAAUCGAUUAUCAAAAGAUAGUUCGCGAUACCGUCCAACGUAUAGGUUAUGAUGAUUCCGCAAAGGGAUUUGAUUAUAAAACAUGUAAUGUUCUAGUCGCUAUUGAUAGACAAUCGCCAGAUAUCGCUCAAUGUCUUACGUACGAGGACCUUGAGAAUAUUGGUGCAGGUGACCAAGGAAUCAUGUUUGGAUACGCUACUGAUGAAACCCCCGAAUUAAUGCCAAUGACUCUUGAUCUUGCUCACAAGUUAAAUAAGAAAAUGUCAGAUCUUCGCAGGAGUAAAGAAUUUAGUUG